AUGUUUGUGAUGAAUAUUCCCAUGGUAGCUAAGCAAUCUCACCGUAAUCCCAGGAAGACAAACUGGGAUACUUUCAGGUCAUUGCUCAAUAGAAAAAUCAACAUAGCCCCCGCUCCAAUUAACUCGAUUAGGGAAUUGGAGUGCAGGGUCAACUCUUUGACAAAUAAUAUUAUUUCUUCCUUUGAAGCAUCAUGUCCUCGCUCGUAUGCGAAGAAGUGUAGGCCACCAUGGUGGAACGAGAAGCUCUCUUUGCUCCGCAGGAAUGCGAGAAGAGCCUUCAACGAAAGCUAUCGGACCAAGGUUUGGACUCCAUAUAAAGAUGCUCUUAGGGUUUACAAAAAAGCACUUCGGGAAUCCAAGAAAUUGUCAUGGAAUUCUCAUUGCCAGCAAAUUGAAAGCAUUAAAGAAUCCGCUAGACUAGCCAAAUUGCUAGCAAAUGGCCAAUCUUGUCCCUCGCUCAUUAACAAAGUAGACGGAAAUCCAGUUAAAUCCCUAACGGAAUCCCUCUCACUAUUAGUGGAUACCCAUUUUCCUGGUUCCUCGGGUGAUCCCCCAAAGGUAUUGCCGUAUCGUUCAGCCAAUUCUGGCGAGACUAUACAGUCAGUGGUAUCAUCUAGAAGGAUCAAAUGGGCCAUCGAUUCAUUCUCUCCAUAUAAAAGUCCGGGUCCUGACGGGAUCUUACCAAUUAUGUUACAAUCUCUGGGAGAUGUAGCUGUAAAUUGGCUGUACGCGAUUUUCUGUAGCUGCUUUUCACUUAAUCAUGUCCCCAGCGGCUGGAGACAAGUUAGAGUAGUUUUUAUUCCAAAAGCAG